AUCAGAUCCGUUCUUUCGUGCCUGUUCGUACCAAUGCCCACAACACCCAUCGAAGUCCUGCGCGCCUCAGUCGAGGCUCAUAAUGAUACCUUCGAGGCUUUACUAAACUUGAUACCUGCCAAGUACUACCUGCCGAAAGAUGAUCAUGAUGCAGACGACAAUGUUCCAUCCAAGUAUCAAAAACACAGCAAAAACAAGAAAGCACCCAAACAAGCUGCGAAGGAGGCAUCAAAAAAGGCUCGCAGGGAUAAGCUGGACCCAGCCAAUCAAAAGUCAGUCAUCGACCUUCAGAACGAAGCUGCUCUUGAGCUAGAAAAAAACAACUCGAAAGUCAAGGGGAAGCGGAAAGCUGCGGUACUCGGGUCUGAUUCUGAUGCCGGCGACGAGGACGACGUUAUGCAAGUGGAUGAUGUGGAUCUCAGCGAUGCCGUUGUGACCGCCCCACUCGACUCUAUAGUGCCCAUGGCUAAACCAGAGAGUAUCGCUGCUCUCCGAGAUAAAUUACAUUUGCGCAUGGCAGCUCUCCGACGUGGUGGACAAGGUGGUGGAGAGCCGGGAGAUAAAGACGAGCUUUUGGAAGAAAGGAGAAAGCAACGCGCUGCGCUUCGUGAAAAAAGACGAAAAGAGACAAAAGAGAGGCGCAAGGCAGAGGCUGAAGGCAAAAAAGGAAGCAAGAAGGAAGUGACGAAGGGUCUUCCUGUCAAGAAUCAGUUGCUUGUUCCGGACUUGCCAGUCGCUUCGAAAGGAACUGCAGCCUCUCGUCAUAUCGACGGUCCAUUGACUAAUGUAUCUUUUUCUGUGGUGGCCGGGAGUUCGAGCAAAAGGGCUGCAUCACUCAAGACGUCUUCUAAUCCUAAUCAAGCUCUGUCGCAGCUCGCUGCGCGGAAGGAAAAAUUGGAUUCGAUGCCGGAGGACAAACGCAAGGCUAUAGAAGAUAAGAGUCGUUGGGCAAAAGCGGAGGCGCGUGUUGAAGGUGUCAAGGUCAAGGAUGACGAAGGGCGCCUGAAGAAGGCAGUAAAACGGAAAGAAAAGGAGAAAGUGAAGAGCAAGAAGUCCUGGGAGGAGAGGAAAGACCAGCUCGCAGCUUCCAUGGCUGCAAAACAGAAGAAACGAUCAGAUAACAUCGCGAUGCGAAAUGAGCGACGAAGUGAUAAAAGAAAGUCGUCGUCGUCAAAGGGGAAAACUAAAGCUCGACCUGGUUUUGAGGGCAAGGCUUUCCAUAAGGGUAAAGGGAAAGCUACGGGCAAGCACAAGUAGCGCAGGUACUGUAGCCCUGAUGUAUGGUUAGGGAUAACUUGUAUCGAUCUCAUUUCAAGUGGGUCAUACUUCAGUAUGAGAGGUGCUGGGGUUCGGGGUGAAUAUUAA